AAGUUUUUAGCAUGAUGUUUUGACAGCAGAGCAGACGUUGUUUUUCUACGUCGGGAGGUUUUCAGAGAGAGCUCCACGUUUCAAUCACGUGUCAGUCCCUGUGGAGGGCGGCUUUGGUUCACGCGACCUCUCUCACUUCAUCGCCAAUUUGCUGUUGACUGUUGAGGUAGUGGAGUUUGAGUCGCAACUCAGAGGACGGAAUUCAAACGUUGAACUAAAGUUAUUAUGGCGACUUCACCCUCAGUGCCAUCAAGUGAACGGGUCCUGUUCUGUAGAAUUAUAUGCAAAGGAAACUUCUCCAAGUAGGCCUGCCUCCUUUCAAGUGCACUAUCAAAAGGAUGGAUCGCGCACCUCAAGUGUAGGAAUCUCCAUCUCCUCGAGCGCAGAACACCACCGUUGUUAUUUACUGAAGUUCCUAUGUAAAGUCAAGAGGGAAAUUGGUCAGAAUCUUAUUGAAAAUUAAGGUUAACCUUGAGACAGCUGAAGAUUUAUCUCCCUAUCCACACACCAGAGGAAGACGCUACAAUACACAGUAGACACUUUUCAAAUCUCUACUGCUGCUUCACAGCCCACCUUUCACCAUGCUAUCUAAAGAGCACAACAGCGAGCCCAAGGCUGCCAAGGUUAACCUGUUCAGGAGAAGUAAUACCUGUAUGAAGACCGAGGAUGAGAAGAAAGGGAAGGAGAUCCAAUAUGAAGACCCCCCGGACGGUGGCUGGGGCUGGAUGGUCGUACUUCACUGCUUCCUGGUGAAUGUGCUGGUGAUGGGGACCCUAAAAAGCUUUGGGAUCUUCUUCGUGGCGUUCCAGGAUGAGUUCGGAGGGUCAGCAGAGAGUAUCAGCUGGAUCGGCUCCAUCAUGUCUAGCCUGCGGCUCUCAGGAGGUCCCUUGGCCUCUGUAGCUUGUGCGAAGUUGGGUAACAGAGUGACCUCUAUAGCCGGGGCUGUGCUGGUCAGUGUUGGCUUCCUCAUGAGUAUCUUUGCCACCAGCGUGGUAUUCCUCUAUAUCAGCAUGGGGCUGAUUGUAGGCCUUGGUUUUGCGCUCCUGUACCAAGCCACCUCAGUUGUCACGGCAACAUAUUUCCGUAAGAGGUUAGCGACGGCAUACUCCAUCGGAAGGUCUGGGAUGGGCUUGACCUUCGCCCUCGCCCCCUUCACUCAGCUGCUGCUGGAAAAGUAUGCCUGGCAAGGAGCUCUUCUGAUCCUGGGAGGCCUGAUGUUGAACCUGGUGGCCUCUGGGAUGCUGCUAAGACCCAUCCACGUGAAGCCCGCACCACCCCCUUCCUCAUCCUCAUUGUCAUUCAUCCAAAAAAGCCCUCUGAUAGGUCCAGAGAAGGAAAAGAACUGCCCUCAGAAUGGAUGCUGCCUUAACGGAUCCACGCCGUUAACCAAUGGCAUCGCCAAAUCAGACUCUUCCUUUUCCAUUCCUCCACCCCUCCACUGGGACGCUGAGACCCAAGAGAAGGCCACGACCCAUGGGCUGGGUCAGAGCAACCACAGCCACCCACCUCCACCAAACCCUGAACUGACCAAACGUGUCCAGAACAGGCAGGUGAACGGGAACGUUCAGGAGCAGUCCCCCACCACGCCACUCACAGACACCCCCAGUCCUGUGGAACAGAACGGUACCAUUAGCAUAAACGGUUCCGCUGUGGUUGGGUUCUCCUCGCCGAACGGCACCACCACCGUGGACGACCCUAUCCCACCGUUCGUGAAAAACCGAGUCCUGGACUUCUCCCUGUUAAAGAACCCCUUCUUCUGCAUCUAUACCUGGUCCCUGGUGUUUAGCCAGCUGGCUUACUUCAUCCCUUACUUCCACCUGUCUGCCCGGGCCAGGAACCUGGGCAUCGACGCCAUGGACGCUUCCUUCAUCAUCUCUGUGGCAGGUAUCACAGAGACUAUAGCCCAGCUAGGCUCUGGUUGGCUAGCGGAUAAGAACCUGUUCCAUAAGUACCACUACCACAAGGCCUACCUGAUCCUGUGUGGAGUGGUCAACCUGUUUGCCCCGCUGGCUAACACCUACAUCCUGCUCAUGGUUUACGCUGUCUUCUUUGCCAUCUUCUGUGGCGGCUACAUGGCACUGCUACUGCCUGUCCUGGUGGACCUGGUAGGACAAGAAAAACUCAACAACUCCAUGGGAUUCUCUAUGUUCUUCGUAGGCCUCGGCUGUCUGACAGGACCUCCUCUCGCAGGUUUCCUGUAUGACUACACCCAGACCUACGACUGCUCCUUCUACCUGGCGGGGGGGUGUUACCUGCUGUCCUCUUUGUCUCUCUUCCUGGAGCCCGUGGCGAGGAGGUGGCAGAGCAGGAGGAAGAGACACGAGGCCCGGAACGCAGACACCAGCUGGAAAACCAACGGUUGCUUCUGCCCCGAACCAGAGCUCCCUGUCCUGAAGAACAACAACGGCGUUGUCUAGAUGGUGGUUUCACCACAGCUUUCACAUUUGGUUCCUUGGAAUGUUCUGAGAAUAUUGUAUGCAAAAAUAACCAUAGGGCAAUCACCAUGCCUUAACAAUCACUACGGUCCUUAGAACCUUUUGAUCUAGCUGGGACAUUAUCGGACUCCCCAACUCUACUUCAUCAAGCCUGGAAUCAAGGCUAUCUAGAUGGAGGGAGGGCAGGGUUGGCUUCCUGCUCUUAAUAAAUGCUAGACGCUUGACGAUUAUCCAAAGUGACUUAUAGUACAGUGAGUACAGACAUUUUUAGUAUUUGGGAUCCUAGCUGCAAUCGAACCCGCGACCUGUGCUAGAGCCAUUGCUCUUAUUAACUGAGCCACACAGAACUGUGUAAGAGGGAAGAAGGGCAGAGUUGGCUGCUUCCACCCUUUCUCUCACUCUCCUUAAUAAAACAAGCAUGGACCUCCGACUGACUGUGCCAGUUGGACCUCCAUGUGCCGACUGUGCCAGUUGGACCUAAGUUACCCAGCUUUUGGAUGGGGUGAAAUGACCGUGCCCCUUUGGAGAAAGCCAAGGAAUACCCAACUGACUGACUGGCUGACUGGCUGGAUGGCUGGCUAACAGACUGACUGAAUGGCUGACUGUCUGGAUGGUUUGCUAACAGGCUGACUGGCUAGCUGACUGACGGACUGAGGAGAUGAUGACCACAGCUAUAUGAAUAGUCUAAAAAUGGUUGUGGAUUGGUUGACAUUCAGUCCAUAAAGAGAGACAGAAAACAGAUAAUCCUGUUUUGUAACUUUGAAAAUAAACCAAAUUUACACUUAUUCUGCUAGGCCAUAUAUGUUAUCCCUCAUGUUCUCAUGGAAUCGCCUGACGCCUGCGACACAAAUCUCAUUGUAGUGUCGACUAAUGUGGCUGGAACACUUUUCUUUCGGUAUCAGGAGGAAUUGAACAAGACAACAACUUGACACAAAACAGUCACUGUAGUCUCUACAAUCACAUCCAUAUGAAUCAGAAACCAUACACCCCUGUGUGUCAUACAGUACACCAUGAAUAUGAAGUACACCAUGGAGGAGUCUUGGGAUGCGUCCCAAUUGGUACCAUAUUCCCUAUAUAGUUUACUACUUUUGAGCAGGGCUCCCAUAGGGCUCCCAUACGGCUCCCAUACAGCUUCCAUAGGUCUCCCAUACAGCUUCCAUAGGGCUCCCAUACAGCUUCCAUACAGCUCCCAUACAGCUCCCAUACAGCUCCCAUAAGGCUCCCAUACAGCUCCCAUAGGUCUCACAUACACCUCCCAUACAGCUUCCAUAGGGCUCCCAUACAGCUUCCAUACAGCUUUCAUAGGGCUCCCAUACAGCUUCCAUAGGGCUCCCAUACACUCCCAUAGGGCUCCCAUACAGCUUCCAAAGGUCUCGCAUACACCUCCCAUACAGCUUCCAUAGGUCUCCCAUACAGCUCCCAUAGGGCCCCCAUACAGCUUCCGUAGGGCUCCCAUACAGCUUCCAUAGGGCUCAAAUACAGCUUCCAUAGGGCUCCCAUACAGCUUCCAUAGGGCUCCCAUACAGCUUCCAAAGGUCUCGCAUACACCUCCCAUACAGCUUCCAUAGGUCUCCCAUACAGCUCCCAUAGGGCCCCCAUACAGCUUCCAUAGGUCUCCCAUACAGCUCCCAUAGGGCUCAAAUACAGCUUCCAUAGGGCUCCCAUACAGCUUCCAUAGGGCUCCCAUACAGCUUCCAUAGGGCUCCCAUAGGCCUCCCAUACAGCUUCCAUAGGGCUCCCAUACAGCUUCCAUAGGGCUCCCAUAAGGCUCCCAUACAGCUUCCAUAGGGCUCCCAUACAGCUUCCAUAUGGCUCCCAUAGGGCUCCCAUACACCUCCCAUACAGUUCCCAUAGGGCUCCCAUACAGCUUCCAUAGGGAUCCCAUAAGGCUCCAGUCAAAAGUAGUGCACUGAAUAGGGAAUAUAGCACGCAGUCCUAUUCAACAAAUGUCUUGGUAUACCUCUAUAUUUAUACCUGUACACGGAAACAUUUAGCAUUUUGAGGCAUUUUGAGAUUGUUGUUUGUUUAUGGUAUAGGUUACAUACCAUAUAGAUUAUAUACCAUAUUCUGUAGAUUACACUGAGAGUACAAAACAUGAUCAACACUUGCUCUUUUCAUGACAUAGACUGACCAGGUGAAUCCAGGUGAAAGCUAUGAUCCCUUACUGAUGUCACUUGUGAAAUCCAAUUUAGUCAGUGUAGGUGAUGGGGAGGAGACAUGUUAAGGAAGGAUUUUUAAGCCUUGAGUCAUGGAGUCAUUGUGUGUGUGUGCCAUUCAGAGGGUGAAUGGGCAAGACAAAAUAUUGAAGUGCCUUUG